UUUGUUCAUUUUUUUCUUACUUUAUGUAAUUUUAGGUUUAUAUAAGGCAAAAUAAGGGUGUAAAACGCCAAAAUUGAGUUAGAAUUUAGUCGAUGUCAAAUCUUAAAAAAAGUGUUAAAAAUGAUAGUAGCUAGUCAGCAGCGAAAUCGAAACUCACAAGCAGUUUUUAUUAUCGCUCCAAAAAUGUUUUCGAUGAGUAUAAAUAAUUUUACCUUCCCACGCUAAAAUCAAAUCCCUAAUUGUUCGUUUAUUCAUCUAUAAUGCCCUUUGUCUAGACGGAUGGGGGUGGAGAAGUUGUCAUUUAACACUUGAAUGGCAACAUUUUAAUAGCAGGAUUAAAAAGUCUUGAUGUGGGAAAGUACAACUUUUAUGCGGGUGGUAUUUUGGUACCUCUUCCGACAGAAUCAAAUCCAGCGUUGAUCCAACGUAUCAAAAGCUCCACCUUUUAUUCGCUAUGAUAGAAAACACGUGCAGCAUCCGUGGCAUUUCAAUCUAUUUGGUUUUUUUUAUUAACCACUAAGAUACGAACAAAGUUAAUGUGCUAUGACGUCCCUCCACCGUGGUAAGAUUGGCUAAAAUGGUAUUCGCGAUGGUUGAUUAUAAAUUGAUUUGUGAUAAACAAAUCUGGAACUCACGGCAAAGUUUUCUUCCUUGCAGUCGAAGCCUCGAAACCUUAAAGUAUAGUUCUUAGUGUCCCUUUUUAAAUUGACUCAUCUAACAAAAAGGAGUUGUUCUCUCGCUGAUGCCGUCAUACGCCGUAGGUUUACUGUGCGAGGGCGCCACAAAGCUAAGGAUACAACAUAAAAUACGCUAAUAAAAUUUACAAGUAUCGCCAAGUGUGAAAGGUUCAGUUGAGUGCUUAAUGUGAGGUUUAACGUAUCUUUUAAAAGUGGUAUAUUCCCAAGUUUAGGAUCGAGCAAUGAUACGCCUUUUUAUGGUGCUACACUAAGUACCAAUUGACACAUCUUUAUGGGUUUUAAAGUGGAACAAGCUGGAUGAACGUAAGAGAACCUUUACUUCGCUGGGCUACUUGUUGAAAGUUUACGUUUUUACUCCCUCGACAUUAUCUAUCUAUUAUCCCUUAGCUCUUUUAAAGUAUGGCCUCGUUACAUCAACAGAGUACCAAAACGUCUUGAAGAGGGUAAAGGUAAUUUGAAUCGCGGAUCGGUACAGGAAAUGACUUCUACGGGUGUUAAGGUACUUUAUACGAUUGGCAGAAAUGACAUUGAGAUGGAUGUAAAUAAUUGAAAUCAAGAUUUUAAUGGGGAAACACUGGACGAUCCGGAUAACGAUGUGUCAGAAGAAAAAAGAGAGAUACAAUGGCAGAAGUAGGAAAGGGCUCGUACAUCUCUCACGAUUAAGGACUCCCACAUUCUAUUUUUGAAAUGAUAAAUAGACUUGCGUUUCCAGGAUAAAGUCAAUGUCUAGUCUAUCUGACCAUGAACACAGCACAGACUUUUUUAGUACUUAGUUUAAUCUUUGUAUGUAGAACCAGCCCGAUACCAACGCCAGUGAACGACUACAAGCUGGAAAAGUGGGAACUGGUAGAAGACCAAAGUAUCUCAGACAAUUCUGCGAGGAACGCUUUGAGUUUUCGCACAAAAGCCUUAUCAAGCACAGGACAGACUACGAAAGCAGGAGCCAGACCCACUCUUCUCCCGACUUCAUCUAGCACACCAUGUGCCACACCGACGACGCCUUCUAAAACCAACGUGAGGGAACGAUUCAGAAAAUGGUUCAAAGCUUUGAAAUUCCUUAAGAAGUAUCACUACCUCUCAUCUCACGUUCGUGGAAACCAUGACAUGCAGACGGCUAUCGAGAUCUACCAGCGUUACAUGAAUCUGCCGGUAUCUGGUCGCCUUGACAACGCCACGCAAGUAUCCAUGGACGAACCUAGGUGCGGGGUACCAGACCUGGAAAUAGACGACCCUGGACUAGGAAUUAGCAAACGGUUCGCUGUAUCUGACAAGAGGUGGCUCAACACGUCUCUACUCUACGCGUUCGAGACCUACACCGCGGACUUGACUCAGACCGUCCAGAAGGCCGUGAUCGCCAAGGCCUUUAAAAUGUGGUCAGACGUCAGCCCUUUUAUCUUCACUCUUACGACGGACAAAACAAAAGCGCACAUCAAAAUACUGUUCGGGACCAAUACACACGGCAACUGUCUCAAAGCUUUCGACGGACCAGGCAAAGUCAUAGCGCAUGCGUACUACCCCAGCGAUGGAAGGCUUCACUUCGAUGACGACGAGACCUUUACAGACGGCGUCAACACUGGAACGAACCUGCUUGCCAUAGCCGUGCAUGAGAUUGGUCACAUUCUGGGCAUCGCGCACUCCACAGACAAGAACUCGGUCAUGUACCCCAAGUACGAGACCUAUAAACCCAACUUGCAGCUGCACGCAGAGGAUAUUAAUGCCAUCGCAUAUAUUUACGCUGGAGGUACAGCGACACCUGAUACCGGUAUCUCAGUUUGUCAAGAUGCAGACCCUGGAUGCCCUAUCAAUGUCAGCAUGUGCUUUACCGACCCUGACGCCAUGAAGAUGACUUGUCCGAAGACUUGCCAAUUCUGUGGUAUGCCAUGUACUUAAAGGGCCUGUAUUACUACUUCCCGUGGACCACGAUAAGCCUACAAUCUACUCGAGUUGAAGUUUUCCAUUUGUCUGGCUCUCCCUUUGUCAACUGAUUUACCACGUUUUACUUGUGCAAUUUUCUACUAAUUUUAUCCAUCAAUUCCUGAGAAAGUUUCUUAUUGUUGCCUCAAGUAGUAGCGAAUCUAGGGGAAGGCUUUAUGGGGUUUUAGCCCCCCCCCCCCCUUUUGCUGCCAGACCAUAUGUAACAAAAAGAUACCCCCCUUUGUCACUGAGGCAAACCCCCCUUUUAGCGAAAAGCUAGAUCCGCCCAUGUUUAGAAUUCGAUUUCGAGUUUGAUGGGGUAUCUUUUCACUAGAAUAUGGAAGGAUCAAUAUUGAUCAAUCGAGUAUGCGUUACUCUCUUUAGAUGGUUCAUGACCUAUGUUUAGAAUCCUGCACAAACCAAAAAUACAAUUAACGAACUCUUUCAUUGUUCGAGAUUGAAAUCGGAGUUAUCGUCUUUGUAAAAAAUAAUCAGCUUUUUUUGUCCCUUUUUACAGUGUCAAGUUAAAAACGAAGAACGAUGCAGAAGAAUGGCUGCUCAGCUAGAAGAAUGGCAUACUAGCAACCAGCUGGAGAUGAAACUUGUUGCGAUAAUACGUUAUACUGAAUAGCGACAUUAGUAACGAUAAUGACGACAAUAACGAUGUCAAAAGCAACAACUUCGACAAGCUAUCAAAACCAUAGUGAAGACAACGACAGAUAACAUACUAAUAUCCACAGCAGCAACCACAGAAAAACAACAACAAAAACAAUGACGACAACAACAACAGCAAUCAAAACCACAGCGACGACAACGGCAAGAACAUAACGAUAACAACAACAACACCAACACAAAUAACAACAGCGACAACAACAACACAAAUAACAACAGCGACAAUAACACCAUCAACAACUACAGUGUGAUUGACGACAACAAAGAAAACAACAACAAAAUAAUCCAGCAACAAUUAAAAACAAAGUUAUUGUCAAAAGUUUAGAAGGCCCAAAUCGGUGUCUAUAGAGAUAUUUUAAUAAACAAAGCAAUCGUA